CCCGUCGGCAGGCCCCACAGAGUCAGACAGCAAGCAGCAGCUGCAGCGAGAGGAGACCACCGCAUUACGCUCUCCAUUAAAAGAAAAGAAGACAUACACACCCUCAUAGUCACAGCGACACAUUUCUUAGCUUUAGACGUACUGUGCACUCAACGACAGCACGCUCAACAUCCGACAUGGUGGACCGCGAGCAACUGGUGCAGAAGGCCAGGCUGGCCGAGCAGGCUGAGAGAUAUGACGAUAUGGCAGCUGCCAUGAAGUCGGUCACAGAGCUGAACGAAGCACUUUCCAAUGAAGAGAGGAACCUGCUCUCCGUGGCCUACAAGAACGUAGUCGGCGCCCGGCGUUCAUCCUGGCGCGUCAUCUCGAGCAUUGAGCAGAAGACGUCCGCCGACGGUAACGAGAAGAAGAUCGAGAUGGUGCGGGCCUACCGGGAAAAAAUCGAGAAGGAGCUGGAGACCGUUUGCCAGGAUGUGCUCAACCUCCUCGACAACUUCCUGAUCAAGAACUGCAACGAGACGCAGCACGAGAGCAAGGUCUUCUACCUGAAGAUGAAGGGCGACUACUACCGCUACCUGGCCGAGGUGGCCACCGGCGAGAAGCGAGCCGCCGUCGUCGAAUCCUCCGAGAAGUCGUACAGCGAGGCCCACGAGAUUAGCAAAGAGCACAUGCAGCCCACUCACCCCAUCCGCCUGGGCCUGGCUCUCAACUACUCCGUCUUCUACUACGAGAUCCAAAAUGCCCCCGAGCAGGCGUGUCACCUGGCCAAGACCGCCUUCGACGACGCCAUCGCCGAGCUGGACACCCUCAACGAGGACUCCUACAAAGACUCCACUCUCAUCAUGCAGCUGCUACGAGACAACUUGACGCUGUGGACAAGCGACCAGCAGGACGACGAGGGCGGCGAGGGCAACAACUAAGAAGAGUCUGCAACCUCACUUCUGCCGAAAAAAAAAAAACACCACAACAGUCGCGCUCACAAAUGACAAAAUAAAAAUAAUACUGAAAAAGUUAGCAAUUACGAUAAACAGCGGGUGGGGGGUAAGUGGUGGAACAUCGACAGCCAACGGUAUUAACACGGCUGCUGUUCUUUAUUUUUCCACAAAAGUUAAAGUAGGAGAAAAGAAGACCUUAGCUUGAGGUAUAAACUACAGUUAUUACAACAAAAAAAACAUAAAAGAAGAACAAAUCCCCCUUCUUGGUAGCCUCUGCAGCAUUUGCUAGAAUACCGCCGAGAAGCAAGAGGUGUGUCUUUGGCGCCGGCGUGAAGAUGGCUGGUUAGAGGCUGACGUCAUUGCGCAAAUGAAGCGGAGGUUGUCUUAUUGCAUUGAAUGAGGGGGAGAAGUACCCAGAAAUUGAGUUUUGAUGUUCUGAGCAACAGGGAAAAAAAAUAAAAAAUUCAGUAACCUUGAAUGUCAUGAACCUUGCUUUUCUCGAGAGGGCAAAGCACACGGAUGACAAAACGCGGCUUAUAGGGGUGUCUGCAUACAUACGUAAUGACGUGACAUCUUUAGUUUGCAGCACACUAUGGUCGUUGAGUGAAAAGCAGGAUGUCUCCGUUAUUGAAGAUAACAUGGAGAGGGGGGGAAAAAUGUUCUUUUUGUUUUGCUUUGUGUCAGGUGUGUGUCCGGCUAAGUCACACAGUCAUACUGUAACUAAAUAGAACUUCAUAAAGUAAACUUAGUGCAGCUUGUCCCUAUCAUGUGCUGAUGUGCUUUAUCGAAUAAAUUAACUGUUUUUGGACACCUAAUCCUUAGUGUCAGUAUUGUCGUCACUUAUAAUAGCCUCAAUUGGCUCCUGUCUGGAGAAAAAAAAAACGAUUCUAAUCACAGAAGUCACAUAGCAAAAAAAAAAAAAAUUAAAAAUAAGAAGUGGAGUUCGGUAGUGGAGAACGAUCACGAGGCUAGAAAAUGGUUCCACCCUUACUCUUCAGUUCGUCGUCUGAAAUGGCUUCUGGAACCACAAAGCUGAAGUAUUGAUGAUGGCCAGAGUUCAUGCAAUGUGACCAGAAGGCUCCAUUUGGGGUUUGUGGAUUCACUUUAUCUGCAGUUUCUUUUGCCUAUGACAGUAUUUUGUUUCUUCGGUGUAAGAUGAGAACUGCUCCGGUAUUCUCCAUAUUACGGUAUUGUGCAUGCUGGUGAUGUAUUUAUAGAGUAGCUUCAAUUUAUUAACUUAUACUGUAGAUGUUAUGUAUUCAUAGGGGUAUUGGAAAAUACUAGACCUUAUUUCAGAUGAUUUUCUAUUUAUUUCUUUUUAUCGCAAUUGUUAGCUGGACCUUCUUUUAAAAUGUGUUUUCUUUACUCCAUUUGCUGAAGUACGCUAUACCAAAACAGUAAUUGUUACCAAUAAAUUGACCUGUUACAGACA